GUGAUAUAUUACACAUCCAAAAAAGGACCUGCUUCAGUUGGACAAGAAGAGCUUCGAUAGAAAGAUCAGGAAACCAUCAGAGCUUCAGCAUGAUGGCCGGUCGCAUCUUGUUCUGCUUCUUCAUCCUCUCUCUGCAGGUUGGGAACAACAGAUCUAUAGAAGACAUUGUACAUUUCUAUUAUCUACCUGGAGAAAACCUUAUCAUUACAUGCUUUGAUCUCUCAUCAAGACCACGGCGGAUUUUUUGCAGAAAAAACUGUCAAGGAGAAAACGUUCUUCUUAACACAACAUCUAAUAAAGCAGCAAGAGGAAGAAGCAGCAUUAAAUAUUCUGAAAGAGUUCAUGACAAGUCUUACAAUCUAACUGUAAGAGUCUCCAAUUUGACCUUUUCUGACUCAGGACUGUACAGAUGUGGUCUGACUGACUCUCCAUUUCCUCCAGACAAUAAAUUCAUGGCUGUUGUUGCAGAAGAUCUGCUGGAUGGAAGCAAAAAUCAUCACCUCCAUAAAGAAGCUGGCAGCUCACUGACAGUCGCCUGUUCCUUCAGUUUCUCUGGAAAAACCAAAUAUUUCUGCAGAGGAGAAUGUGAAGAAGGAGAAAACAUUCUUGUUUACACCGAUGGAGUCAGAGCUCAGAGCAGCAGAUACAACAUUGGACAUAACAAACACGAAUCUUCAGCUGUUUUUUAUGUCACCAUUAAGAAUCUGACCACGUCUGACUCCGGACGAUACAGAUGCCUUUCAUAUUUAAGCUCUGGAAAAAAUUCAUAUGUGGAUUUUAACGUCUUCGUCUCAGACAUCUCCUCUGAAACCACUGAUCCGUCACCUCUGGACCAGAAUUACAGAGCAACAUCUAGAGAUCUUCCUCUGACUUUGAUUUUUGUGACUCUGGCCGUCAUCAUCAUCCUGCUAUCAGCAGCUCUGAUUGUUUCCUACAGGAAGAGAUCUGUGAGAGGUUUGGAGAGGAGAGGCUCUGGCAGCCAACAGAUGGAGACUUUAGCCUCUGGGCGGAGACCCUCUGGAGACUUGAUUUAUGAGAACAUCGAACCUGCCAGCAGCAACCAGAAGUAAAAGAGCUCAUAUACAAUCACAUCGCAGAGAAAUUAAAUAUUGUGAAAAACAUUUACAUUUUUUAUCUCUCAUUUCAAAAGAGAAACUCGUAGUUAUUUGUGACACACAGAGAUAAAUAUUUCAAAUCUUUUUUCUUGUCAUUUUAAUUAUUUUGUUUCACAGAGAAUAAAAACCCCAAUUCUCAGAAAAUUCGAAUAUUGCUUAAGUUCUGCAUCAUGAGUUUCCUAAAUAUGACUUUUGCUCAAUGUUCCAAUUUUUCAGAUCUACCUGUAAAUUCUUUUAUGACCCAAAUGAAACUUUGGAUUCAAACUUAAAUUCUGGUUCUGCUCAUCAAAGAUAAUAACUGCCUGAAGAAUAAAAUACAAUUAAAGGAUAAUACCAGUUAUUGUGUUAGAGAUUAAUUUGAACAGAUUUUUACUUUAUUUUCUGGAGAAAACAUUUUGUGUUUAAAUACAAUUGACAGUUUAUGGAUUUUAAUCAAUCACAUUUUCAAUUCAAAUCAAUCUAUAAAAAUUAUAGUGAUUCAAAAAUUUAAGUGAUGCAACAUAAAGCAUUUAAAACAAUUCAACUUUCUCUCAGCUUUAUGGGUUGAAUAGUCGGCUUCUUCUGCUUUAGCUUUACCGCCACCUUGUGGUAAAAUCUUUUCUAUUUCUUUAAUUUUGAAAUUACUUUAAAAGGCAAAAGGUAAAGAUAAUUUUAUUUAUAUAGCACCUU